CAUAGAUUAGCAUAUUUUUUUCUUUCUUACGAAUACAUUUACCAAUGCUUUUCGAUUAUCUUCUUCACACAUGCUAUGAUCACCGAACCAAAAUCGAACGCGGACGCCUUCUAUUUCUCCAGAUUCCGGCAACGGUUUCAGCCAUGGCCAAAUCAUUUCGCCAAUUGAUUUCAUGUCAUUGAACUUCGGACGCGAGCCAAUGGAGCGAGGAAGAUGCCGGUGGCCGCAUCCGCCAUCUACUUCUUGAAUCUCCAAGGUGAUGUCCUCAUCAAUCGUCUCUACCGCGACGGUGUCAGGAGAGACAUGGUGCACGCCUUCCGAAUGGAAAUCACGCGAACAAAAGAACUCGCUACAUGUCCAGUUCGAUAGAUUGGAGGUUGCUCUUUCAUUUACACGAGAUUCAGUAAUGCUUACAUCAAUAAUCAUUAGAAGCAACGCUAAUGCAAAUGUAGCUUGUGCUUUCAAGUUCGUUGUUCAGGCUGCAGGAUGGUUCAAAUAUUAUUUCGGUGGUGCCUUUAAUAAAGAUGCUAUUCAUAAUAAUUUUGUUCUGAUUUAUGAGUUUCUGGUUGUUGCGGGAGAUUAGUUGGUAUAACACGGUUGAACGGUCGCUAUAUGAGAUCAGGUACAAAAAUAAAGGGAUUCACUUUUAGAUUGUAUCAAAGCAAGUGAGCAGUGAUAAGAAUUCUUACUUGCCGAUAUCAACAAAGUAGAAAAGUGAUUCUUGCUGAAGGAAAUGAAUUAAACAGAGCAUGACAGGGACGUAUCUCAUGUUUUUCACCUUGCCUAUACUGGCACAUAACUUGUCGUUUAGAACGCAGCAUGGUCGGGAUAGCUGGAACCUGGAAGUUUGUAUUUUGGAAUUAGAUUCACCUGACAGUCGGUAAUUGCAUUCAGUACAAGAUUUUCAUUCUAUUUUCUAAACUGAUGUUUUGAAGCCCGCCAAUACUAAUGUUGUGUAAUUUGAAAUGUUACGAUACAAGAUUUUCGUUUGACCUGAGAUGAUAAA